AUGUCAACCAAUCUCUUCUGCUGCACAACCCUCCAAACAACCACCCUCCCAGACCCCGAACACGAGCAAACAUUCACCGAAUUCACCAAAUGGGCCCUCACAACAAUCAACAACCUAAAAGGAUCCACAGAUCCCUCCGAAGCCAGCGUCUGCAUCCAGCUCGUACGACAAGUCAUCAACGGUCCGAUAGAAUCUAUCCGGUAUUUCAUCGCAAGUGACAAACAUGGGAAUUUCGAAGAAGUCACGGAAGAUGACAUUCUAGCUACGAAUUUUAUCAAGAUGAACGAAUGUAAAAGCUUCCAAUGCAGACAACACAACUGGGCCUUCGAUCUUAACCUUUACGAGCCGAGUACGGGGAGUACACGGCAUUGGCGCUCUAUCGCAAAACCGCUUAAGCAGAUUGAGAAUGCAUUGAAGAAUAAGAUGUCCGGAUCUGGAUCUGGGUCACAGUCAGUGUCAGGGUCGAGAUCUAGUUUGAGGUCUAUGAUGGGAUAUCAUGGGUCUGGUGGGGGAUAUAGAGGCGCAAGCUAUGGGUAUGGGUCAGGGAUGGGAUAUGGAUCUGGAUGGGGAUCUCAUUUGGGGGCUGGGUGUGGGCCGAAUUGGGGGACGGGUUCGACGGUUCUUGUGCCGGAGGAAAUUACUACUGUUGUGACUGGGUGUCAAGACUCUGAUUGUGGGUUAAAUCGAAAUCAGGAUCAGAGUCCGAAGCAGGACUACAAGCAAGAGCAGGAUCAGGAUCAAGACCGAUAUCCUGGGAUAUCUCUACCUGCCGAUGAGACUGAAUUCGACGAAAGCAGUGAACAAGACCAGCCUGGUCCGUCUUCGUCUAUUUUUAGUAAUGAGGUAACUGAAGAUGAAGAUACAGGGUCAUACUCAGCUCUUCUGGACAGCCAGCUAUCUUCCAGCGAAGUUGGGGCGAGCCAGAGCUACCUGGACGUCGAGGACUAUGGGUGUUAUUAUUCUGGGGCGUCUUCUGAUGAUUAUGGCAUCUAUGACUGCGGUGGAGGGGCCAAUGCUGUGUCGUAUGAAUGUGGUGACUAUGAAGAUUUUGGAGGUUGUGGAGGUUGCGAAUAUGAAUAG